AUGCCUACAACCCUAUUCUGUCAAGAAUGCUGGUAUACCCGCAGAAUUAGAGACGACCCGAGACAAUGGCAGGUACUCGCGGCAUUUGCCCAAGAUGAAGAGUUACGGAACUCAGCUAGAGCAAUGUUUGCGCGAUUCCAGGAAAACUGGGCACCCAUAGUCGGUAGUACCGUUUUCGAAGGGCCGGUCACAACGAUGAAUGUUGACGCCGCCAUACGAUCGUAUUCGCAGUUAGUGAAAUAUCAUAUACUUCGGUACCAUGGAUAUAUUGGGACAAUGGACCCUAACGAGGGGUCAAUCACCUUCGAAUACGUAGUUAUUGGCCUAAUCAGAAGUGCAAUAACAGCCCAUUGGAUUGCUGGGGUUGAGGCUACGGUUAUUCCGGCAGAAAUGGUAAAGCAAAGGCAAGAUAUGCUUUUGUCAAAGGUAACCACCUCAUCUUUGGCCAUACAAGACCAACAGUGUAAUAUUUGCUACGAAGUAUACUGUCUGUUACCAGAACACGACGACUUUGACUUCCCAGGCCAGGAUGUGGUACCGGAUUGUAAGGCUGGUAACAAGCCUGAUGAUAAGGCUGAUGAUAUCCCUCGUGAUCACCCGUGCAAAACACGGUGUGGACAUGUAUUCGGCCAGAAAUGCAUCCGGAAGUGGAUGAGUGAAACGAACUUUUCCAGCUGCCCAUAUUGUAGAGCUCCAUUUGAGACACUCGACAUGCUCAACGCCGGUGAGACUGUUGGGCAAGCAGCACCUUGGUGGCUGGAGAUACUCAAUGAUGGAGAUACUCAAUGA